UCAAAAAUGCAUCCCAACAGAACAUGGACCGGCUUUCCUCGAUGGCUGAAACUGAUUCACGAAGCGAAGUGACUCCGAACUGUCAAGAGAAUCUGACUGCAUUGCGUUCACGUCCGGUUUAACCAAUUAAACUUGCUCCUUCCGAAACGACAGAUUAUUCUUACGUUUUGUAUAAAAUGGAAAGCAACAGAACGGGACGAGUCGGCUUUUUAGUCCACAUUUUAAAGAGGUUUCAUCUGACAGUGGUGUUUUUAUGUUUGUGUGUUUUAUCAGCUCAUUCUUAUGAAUGUCCGGAUGGUUGUGUGUGUGAAGACAGUUCUGUGAUCUGCGUGGGCACUGGGGAGAUCAAACUGCCCUACGAGGUGUCCAGUAGGACGCAAAAUUUAACUUUACAAGGAUACACUCUCGCAAACUUAACCGAGAGAGCUUUUUCACCAAAUGGGACAAAUAUGGAGCUGCGCGCGCUCUCGUUGCGGCGCAACGACAUACAUGUAAUCGAAAGUUGCGCUUUCUGUGGACUCCUCGGACUUCAGACCCUAGACCUGAGCCUCAACUAUUUAUCAACCUUGUCUCCCGAGGCUUUUCUCGACUUGGGAGAUCUGCGUAAUCUUGUCAUUAACAAUACGCUAAUGGCAUCGGGCGCCGCGCAGCUACCGAGCGCGCUUUCCACGCACAGUUUGCGCAAACUUCAUAGACUGGAACUGGCGGGGAACGGUUUGAAAACAGUGCCUCUGCAUGGAUUUCACAACCUUAAUUUAACUACAUUAAUACUGACGAAUAAUACUCUCGAGACUCUGGAUAAAAUCAAUAUAUCAAACUUUGUAAAGAUCAAGGAAAUACGCGUUUAUUUAUCGAUGAAUCCUUUCAGGUGCGUGUGUGAACACAAGGAGUUUUAUAGAUGGGUAAAGAACAGCUCGCAGUGCGCGGACGCGGACGAUUUAUUCUGCCAGCACCCCGAUGGAAAGAAUGGGUCUCGGGUGGGGAAUAUGGAUUGCAAGAGCACCGACCCGAAUGCCGUUUCCUACGUGUUUCUCGGUAUUGUGUUGGCCCUCAUCGGAGUUGUGUUCCUCAUGGUGUUGUACUUGAACAGACGAGGCAUCAAGAAGUGGCUCAAUAACAUCAGAGAGGCGUGCCGGGAUCAGAUGGAGGUGUAUCAUUACAGAUAUGAACAGGACUCCGACCCAAGGCUAGCAAACGUUGCCGUUUAAGCGGAACUUGGUGACUUGAUAAUCUCCUUGAACUAUUGGAGAGUUGGAUCUCAUUACCUGGCAGUUUUAGCCAACGCUGGCUCUUUUUUCAAUUAAAUUACGGAAUGAAUAGUUGUAAAUAUGAGUGUAAAAAUACAAUGCAUAAACAACUGUCCCUAAUAAUAGCAAAAAAUGGUUCUUCAAUGCCAUAGCUGUAAAGAACCUUUAUUUUUGAGUGUAAUUCUCAAAAGUGGGCAUUAAUGUGUUCAUUUAAAUACACAGGUUGAUGUUCAGCUCAAGCCGUAGAUGUAGAAGUGAAUACAGGGUGGGUGAAUAUGCAUGUAUAUGACAACAAUUUUUCUAUACGUCCAUAUAAAUGAUAUGCAGUGCCAAGUCCAGUUAAAUCUUG